UCCACCAUCCGCCCUAUCGUACAAUUACCUAGCGUACUGUCUCUCCAGCUGUGCAACCACACUCCGACCGGGCAAUUUCGCGCAGUGUAUCACCACUUCCGCCACCGCCAUGCCACCAACCCGUUACACGAGCCGGGCUGUGGACCCCUCACCACUCGGGUCACCCCUAACCCUCCCCUUCUCCUCCGUCGUGUUACAAAACCGAUUCAUGAAAGUCGCAAUGACGGAGCGGCUGGCAACCUGGGACCCCGAUGACAUAAACGCAAGCGGGAUCCCCACGCAGCAGCUCAUAGACCUGUACGGACACUGGGGCGACGGCGGGUGGGGGACCAUCGUGACUGGCAACAUAAUCAUCGACCCCACGCAUCUCGAAGCCGCAGGGAACAUGAUCCUCGCGUCCUCCCCUCUCUCCUCUCUUAAUACCCAAACCGACCCGCGCUUCAUCGCGUACCAAAAACUCGCUGCAGCAGGAAAACGCGGCGGCUCCGUCUUCCUCGCACAAUUAAACCACCCAGGCCGGCAGACCGAGUUCGCGCUCCAAGAGAACCCAGUCUCAGCAUCAGACGUGCAACUAACGAAAGGAAUCGGGGCGUUGUACGCGUUCGGCAAGCCGCACGCAGCGAGCCUUGACGAGAUCUCUCACAUCAAGGCCGCGUUCGUGCACGCCGCGGCGUACCUAGAAAAAGCGGGGUUCGACGGGAUCCAACUACACGCCGCGCACGGGUAUCUGCUAGCGCAGUUCCUGUCGCCGACGGCGAACCUGCGGACAGAUUCCUACGGGGGCUCGUUAACGAACCGGGCGCGUCUGAUAGCUGAGAUCGCGGACGGGGUGCGCGGCGCGACGGGUCCGGAUUUUGUGCUCGCGAUUAAGAUCAACAGUGUCGAGUUCCAAGACGCGGGGUUCUCGACGGAGGAAGCGGCGCAGUUGGUGGCGCUGCUAGAGGAGCACCGAUUCGAUAUCGUCGAGCUUAGCGGCGGCACGUACGAGUCGCCCGCAUGGCACCAUAAAAGAGAGAGCACGCGCCGGCGCGAGGCUUUCUUCAUCGAGUUCGCGGAACUGGUGGCUCCACAUGUCGAGCGCGCGCGAACCUUCAUCACUGGGGGGAUCCGGACCGUAGGCGCGAUGGUAGAUGCGCUGGAGAGCGGGUUAGACGGAGUUGGCCUAGGGCGCCCAAGCGCGACGGAACCGAGGCUGCCGAUAGAAAUACUACGAAAUGGACAGAAAGGGUGUAUCAAACCCCUGGUGGGCGACACAAACGUUCUCGGAGGGGAAGAUUCUUGGGGUGUAGGUGCGUCAUUAGCUGGGGCACACAUGCUCCAGAUAAGCCUGAACCAGCAACCAAUAGACCCGUCGGAUCAGACUUCGAUAGACGGCUUCCUUAAGGGCUUCGAAAAAUGGGUUGCAGCAUUCCCGAAGAGAUCGAAGAGAGAAGUACUCGAUCAUGUUAGGAUCGAGACGGUAAAGCCGAGACCUUAUGGAGUUGUAGAAUCGUCGACAGCUUGAAUAGAGAGGCCAUAAAGCGAUUGCGCAUGCAAAAUAUUAGAUCCGAGACAGACCCCAUAACAACACUACAGAUAUCAUGAAAAAUCUUCCGUUAUAUAUGCCUAGAUACCUAGCGGUUAUAGUUGCUUUGACAAAUCCGCCAGCGAGUUUGGGGAAAGCCUUGAUUUGCGUAGCUAGGUGAAACGGGCUAUCAGGCGUUCUCAGCUCGCAGCUCGCUAGAUCAGGUAAACAGCUCUUUCUAGUCACUGCUUACUGAUUUAAAACACCUGCUGGCAUUCUUAGGUACAUAUGAUCGGCCUUCCAAGUAGUUCUCGCAGCCUAUCACCCCAAUGCGUGGCAACGCUGUGCAUUUUUUCAACUAUCAUGACGGUAUGGUGCCUUAGA